AUGCUAAGCAAACUCUAUUUCAAUCGCCGCUUCUGUACUGCAAUUCAAUCACCGCGUCCAUGGCUGUUCGUUGGCUUGGGCAAUCCAGGGGACAAAUUUAAAGGAACAAGACACAAUGUCGGGUUUAACAUGAUUGAUACUUUCGCGGAGUCGCAAGGGAUCGAUAUGGAUACAGUUUUCUGUAAAGCGAUUUUCGGAAAAGGCAUUGUAGAUGGUGUUCCUGUUUUACUCGCAAAACCUCAAACAUAUAUGAAUUUGAGUGGUGAAUCGAGUGGCCCACUUGCUGCCUACUACAAAUUACCUCUAAAUCGAGUCCUGGUGUUCCAUGAUGACAUGGAUUUACCAUGUGGGGUUCUUCGGCUUCAACCCAAGGGAGGCCAUGGGAGCCAUAAUGGGAUGAAGAGUGUGAUCCAUCAUUUCCGUGGGAAUCGUGAGUUUGCACGUUUAAGAAUUGGCAUUGGGAAGCCUCCUGGUCAGAUGGAUCCUAAAGCCUUCUUGCUUCAGAAAUUCAACGCAACAGCUCAAGAACGAAUUGAUGUUGGUUUGAAAGAGGGAGUUGUUGCAUUAAAAGAACUUUUGUCAAAGGGUGUGGAAGAGAGUGCUAGAAGCUUCAACACAGACCAAAAAUACAAACACAUCAAGAUUUCUGUAGUAAACUGAUAUGGUGUCUCUGUUUGGGAACUUCUCAAUUUAGCCCAUUACUUGAAAUAGAAUAAUAUUUAUAGGAACGAAAUUAAAACUAUGGAUCAUUAGGGUAAAACAUUUAUGUAGUUUUAUUACAACAAUUCAAUACUUGUACGCCACAUUUUGAUUCAUCACUAAAUACAUAUUUUG